UGAUUGACAGCAUAAUAAUUCAAUAAAUAUUCGAAUAAAACCAAAAUAUAUAAUUAUGCAAGAAAUAUGUCUGAAUCAAAACUAGAAAUUUGCAUAAAUUAUUACAAAUCAAUCCAUAUAUAAACCCUGAGAUUUAUUGUCUUUCAAGUUAACGUCUAAUUUGUAUAUCAACCAAGAGAAAAUGUUGUUCUUAUCAGAAUGGUGGCAAAGACUAAAAAUAAUCCGUUACAAAGAAAUCCCAGAGUAUUUUACUCUGAAUAUGUUGAUUUUUAAAACCGCGGGAAGUUGGAUGCCGCACCCAAAAGUCGAAUUCCCGUCAAAUUUUCACAUUACGCAUACAACUCUUUCCUAUUCCUCACCGCUGGAAUAAUGGUGUACUUUGAAGCUGCAACUUUACCAAUAACCUACUAUGACUUGGACGCUUUCGUUAAAAAUGUCUCGAUGUUGGCAACGCAUCUCCUGGACCUUUGCAAAUUAAUUUUCUGGGCGUUUAACCACCGCAAACUCUUUGAAAUGCUCAAUAAACUCGAUGACUUAACAUUCAUCCAUGGAGAAUAUCUAGUUGAUCCCCAAAUAAGUCCGGAAGUGUAUCAAGAAGAUUUUCUUCCAAAGAAAAUUUUAGCUGAAGAGAAAAAAAUCUCUGACUUUGCAUUAAAGUCGUUCUUCUUUUUUGUUUUCGGUGUAUCGUGUUCAGCGGCUUUAGUCAGUGUAUACACACUGCUCUUCGACUAUAAAGAAAAUUAUUAUUUUAUUGUUGAUGAACACAAUGUAACUAUACAGCAAUAUGAUCAACUAUUACCUUAUUCAAGCAAAAUUCCUUUUAAUUAUAAUUCUGGACGUCCAGCAUUUUUCUGCGCGAUUUUAUAUCAGUUUUAUGCGUUGAGUUAUUAUGCAUGGAAUGUAAUCGCGCUAGAUACUUUAUUCUCUUAUAUGAUGAGUUUUGUCUGUGCUCAUAUUAAAAUCGUCCAAGGAGCAUUCAAAACCAUCCGUGGACGAUGCAUGAAACAAUUUAAACUAAUAGAAAAUCCUUCUUUGUUGAAUGAUGGACCGGAAAUGCAACACGCCAUGUUGGCGGAGUUUAAAAAAUGCGCUCAACAUUUACAACAGAUAUUUAUAACUACCGAUUCUUUGGAAGAUAUGUUCACAGGAAUGACUUUUCUACAGGUUGGAACAUCCCUGGGCGUUUUCUGUACUAAUUUAUAUCUUGUUUCAUCUAUUCCAUUUGGUACGCGUCUGGCCGCUGAAAUAAUUUAUCUUAUCGCUGUUCUUAAUGAAUUGAUGUUGUAUUGUUACUUUGGGCAUCGUGUCACUUUAAAAGCUGAAACAAUCCCCGAUGCGUUGUUUGAAGGCGAUUGGUUGUCGACUAGCAUGCCUUUUAAGCGUAAUAUGUUGCUGACGAUGACGCGCAUGACCAGACCGGUUCAUUUCACUGUUGGCAAGUUUUCAACUUUGACUCUUUCCACAUUUGUUUCGAUUUGUCGUGGAUCUUACUCUUUCUUUACUGCGCUGAAAGCAAGCGAACAAAAAACAGUUUAAAAUUAAAUAUGCACCCAAUAUUAGUUUAUUAAUAGUCUGUAGUGUAGAUAAUUGACCAUUUGAAUUAAAUGAAAUUAGUCAACAGCAA